GCGGAGGCGACAGAGCGGGGACUGCGGGGACAGCCAGGCGGCCGCGCCGGCAGCGACGCCCGGGGAAGCCCGCGCCCCGCCUGCGCCUCCGAGGCGCGCCCGGGAGCGGGAGCAGCCCCGCCGCCCGGGGAGGCAGAGGCGAGCGCUGGGCGCCGGGAGCCGCCGGCGGGCGGGCGGCAGAGAGCCGGGCAGCGGCCGGAACGCGGGGGCGCGGUCGGAGGCAGCCGCAGAGAGAGCCGGGGCCGGGGGAGGGCGCCGGGCGCGGGCACCCUGAGCCGCGGCAGCGGAGGCGGCUUCGUGGGAGACAAAAGCCCGCGGGAGAGACGCGAUGCCCGGCCCGCGCGGGCGCGGGGGCCGCGGCGUCUGAGCGCCCUGAGCGGUGCGCCCCGGGGACGCCGAGGCCGGGCGGGUGCCCGAGGCCGAGCGCGACAGGGGCGGCCCCGGUGCGCCCGGCCGCGUCGGGCCCGUCACUGCUCGGGGGGCGGCGCCCUCCCGUCGCAGCCGCAGUGGCCGGCGCCGCAGCGAGGAGCCAUGGGCAACAUCUCCUCCAACAUCUCGGCCUUUCAGUCCCUGCACAUCGUCAUGCUGGGCUUGGACUCGGCCGGCAAGACCACGGUGCUCUACCGGCUCAAGUUCAACGAGUUCGUGAACACGGUGCCCACCAUCGGCUUCAACACGGAGAAGAUCAAGCUGAGCAACGGCACGGCCAAGGGCAUCAGCUGCCACUUCUGGGACGUGGGCGGCCAGGAGAAGCUGCGGCCGCUGUGGAAGUCCUACAGCCGCUGCACGGACGGCAUCAUCUACGUGGUGGACUCAGUGGACGUGGACCGGCUGGAGGAGGCCAAGACGGAGCUGCACAAGGUGACCAAGUUCGCCGAGAACCAAGGCACGCCGCUGCUGGUCAUCGCCAACAAGCAGGACCUCCCCAAAUCUCUGCCGGUGGCCGAGAUCGAGAAGCAGCUGGCGCUGCACGAGCUCAUCCCGGCCACCACCUACCACGUCCAGCCGGCGUGCGCCAUCAUCGGCGAGGGCCUCACCGAGGGCAUGGACAAGCUCUAUGAGAUGAUCCUGAAACGCAGGAAGUCCCUCAAGCAGAAGAAGAAGCGGUAAUGCGGCCGGCCGCGGUGGGGAGCGAGCGGGGAGCGAGCCGGGAGCGAGCGAGCGAGUCAGGGAUGGAUGGAUGGAUGGAUGGGUGGGUGGGUGGGUGGAUGAAGGAGAAUCUGCGCCCGCGAACAAAGACAUAGAACCAAAGCAAUGCUUCGACUUUUUAAAACGGAAUCUGUGCGCCCAGACGCAGGACUAGUGACUUAACCUGGGUGUGUAUGCUGACUUGCUAGCCUGCCCUCGAUCCACCCCCACCCCCAGCUCAGGGGACCUUUUGUCUGGAUGCCAGAGCUACUAAUGGGGGGGGGGCGCUGGGGAGUGGACGUGCCUGGCCUCCUGUCCGCCUUCCUGGCCCAGGUGGAUGGCUCAGAUGUCAGAGACAAAAGAGAUUUCUUCCUCCAGGAGGGCCAGAAGUUCAGGCUGCCCCGCCCUCCCUGGGGGCUCCCACCUGUGAGUUACCGGAGAUGCCAAAUACUGUCACCAUCUCGUGCUAACCAUACUUGGGUUCAAGAUCACUGUUCCAAUCCUGUCAUGCUUAACCAACGAAGCUACAUGAUUUUGGGUUUUGCAUUUUCAAGACUUAAGGGUGCAGUCAGCUGUUCGUAAUUGUGCAGUAAAGUAAAGCCCUGUGGUGUGUCCACUAAUAGUUAAGAGUCUCAGUUGAUUUCUGUCCUGUUUGACCUAAUAAUAGCCCAUUUUUGUCUCUGACCAAACAGAGGAAGCACACAUCAACUCACCUUGGAGUGGUCUUGGGGGACCCCCUGGUCCGACAUAGCACCAGUGAUUUAUUAUACCUCCUGGCCUUUGGAGAAUGAAUGGGUUUCACACAGAGGAAGCUGGCCUCCCCACGUGAGCUUUUAAAAUUGUUUCUCAUAGACACAGGGAGGCCGGUUUUGUUUCAAACGGAUUCUCUUCACAGAUUCUCUGUCAUGGUGAUGGGACGACGUCUCCCAGUUUCAGUUUUCGUUUCUACUGCUGUAAUUCUCUGUCCUGAACAUUCUUCUGUUCCUGUUCCCUUUUAUAUGCAUAUAUGAUGCUGUGAACAGAAAUAAAUUAUUUAUACAAUCAAA